AUGGCAGCUCGCCAACUUCUCUUGUGGCUUCGGAUGGACUUGCAUGACGAAGAUUCACGCUUCUUUAGCACUGUCUCCCGCUUCCCUCCCUGCCCGCAUCCUCCUCAUCAAAGCACUGCUCCCCGCCUUUCUCCGCUUCACCUUAUCUCUCCGCCUACUUCUCCUUUAGGGACUUCCGGCCCACAGCUCUGUGAGCGUUUGCGCUGCAGAGAGCGCUCACGAGGGGGCGGGGAAUGGGGACUGCUGAUGGGGCUGGCGGAGGCUAUAGAGGAUGUGUUUGGUGUUGAAGAUGGCGGGGCGGUGGAGUGGGGGGGAGGGGGGCUGAAGGGGGGUGAAGGAGGGGUUGCUGCUGGGGCGGGCGGAGGUCAUAGCUAUGAUGCACCUGUUCCUCCUACUCCAUGGCUCCACCGCACCUUCCUCUCACCACCCUUACCCUCUUUUCUUUCCUCCUCCACUCCUCUCUUCACCAGCUUCACACCUGCCUCUCCUACACCCACUUCUGGCCUACUGAAACCACGCUCCUACACCCCGCACCUGCUUCUCCCACGCCAUCUUCUGCCCCACGGACUCCCCCAUACCCACGGCACGGGCGCACUGCUCACCCAAGAAGAGGUUGCUGCCAUGGCAGAGCUGCACGGGAGGCUGCAGGCGAAGCUGGGUGAGGCCCGGCUGCUGGGUUCCCCGUGGCGGUUUUUGAGGAUGGCCGGGCAGAGGGAGGAGGAGGUGCGUCCGAACUGGUGGGAGGGGCGGCUGGGUGCCCCGUGGCGGUUUUUUAGGAGUGACAAGCAGAGGGAGGAGGAGGUGCGUUCGGGAGCCCGUUGCCUCAGCCUCUCCUCCGCACGCCUCGCACUAGCAGCAUUAGCUCCUCUUUUGCGCGCCUCCCCUACACUACUGCCCCUGGGAGACGACUCGAGGGCAGCAUGGGCAGGAGAAUGGGAGGAAGGGGAGAGGGAAGAGGGGGGGGAGAGGGAAGAGGGGGGGGAGAAGGUGGGGGAGAAGGGGCGGGAGGGAGCAUGA